AAUUAUUGUGUAUUGCAUCUAUCUUUUUCUAUGCAAACUUAAAAAUAAUAAUUAUAGCCCGAAUUCCUUUAGAUUUGUAGACAGUGAGCGGGAAUUUUGGCUGCAGGCGGCUGCGAGAUUUGGCCAGUAAGUUUCCAUAAGACCGUGGACGUCGGGCCGGCGAUGUGCUGGGCAAGAUGUCCCGGCUUGCCGAUUACUUCGUCAUAGUUGGCUACGACAACGAUAAAGAGAAGACCGCCAGCAAUGUGUGCGGACAGCCGACUUGCGGCAAGAUCGUGCAACGUUUUCCCGAGAAAGAUUGGCCCGACACUCCGUUUAUCGAGGGCAUUGAAUGGUUUUGCCAGCCGCUCGGGUGGAGUUUAUCGUACGAGAAGCAGGAGCCCAAGUUCUUUGUAUCCGUGCUGACGGACAUAGAUGCUAAUAAGCAUUACUGUGCCUGCCUCAGCUUCCACGAGGCGGUGGCUAUUACGCAGACGCGCAGCGUGGACGACGAGGAUGAGACCAUCGGGAGCAGCAGGUUGUUGGGGGCCACCCCCUCCUCCACGGAUGGCAUCGCUUCCACACCGGCUCCCAUUACCCACCACAGCGUCAUGUAUGCGCCCAAAUGCCUGGUGCUUAUAUCGCGAUUGGACUGUGCCGACACCUUCAAAAAUUGUCUCGGUACCAUAUACACGGUGUACAUUGAGAACCUGGCGUAUGGCUUGGAGACACUAAUUGGAAAUAUUCUGGGCUGCAUCCAAGUUCCUCCAGCGGGAGGCCCGCAGGUCCGCUUCUCCAUUGGAGCAGGAGACAAGCAGUCACUUCAGCCGCCGCAGAGCUCAUCGCUGCCCACAACAGGAAGUGGUGUGCACUUCCUCUUCAAGCAGCUGGGCAUCAAGAAUGUACUGAUCCUGCUCUGCGCUGUGAUGACGGAGAACAAGAUACUGUUUCUGUCCAAGUGCUAUUGGCAUUUGACGGACAGCUGCAGGGCUUUGGUGGCUCUGAUGUAUCCCUUCCGGUAUACUCAUGUUUAUAUACCCAUUCUGCCAGCCCCACUUACGGAAGUGUUGUCCACACCGACUCCGUUCAUCAUGGGCAUACACAGCUCGCUGCAAACUGAGAUUACGGAUCUGCUGGACGUCAUUGUUGUGGAUUUGGAUGGCGGUCUGGUUACCAUUCCCGAGUCACUAACUCCACCUGUUCCUAUACUCCCCUCACCUCUGUGGGAGCAGACGCAGGAACUGCUCAGCAUGAUCCUGUUCCCGAAUCUGGCACAAGCGGAUCUGGCAUUUCCUAUACCGGAGCGGCCAUCUUCUCUGGCCAAGACUGACGCCCAGAUCGACAAGGAACUUCGCGCCAUAUUCAUGCGACUUUUUGCCCAGCUAUUGCAGGGCUAUCGCUCCUGCCUGACUAUCAUUCGAAUUCAUCCCAAACCGGUGAUCACCUUCCAUAAGGCUGGCUUCCUCGGCGCCCGGGACCUGAUCGAAAGCGAAUUUCUUAUCCGUGUGCUGGAUAGCAUGUUCUUCACCUCAUUCGUUAACGAGCGAGGACCUCCCUGGCGAGCCUCCGAUGCCUGGGACGAGCUUUACAGCUCGAUGAACGAGCUGCUUAAGUCGGAGGCGCAGAAUCGGAAUCUCAUACUGACACAUAUCCAGGAGUUGGGACGCGUUCUGUACGAGAACGAGGGAACCCUGGCCCACACCAGCUAUGCGCAGAAGGUCCUACGUCCGCCGGAGGGUGCAUUCCAACGAAUUCACCAGCCCGCCUUUCCGCGAAUCAGCUCGGAAAAGGUGGAACUAAUCAUCCAGGAGGGAAUACGCAAGAACGGAGUGCCACAGCGCUUUCAUGUGACGCGUAACCAGCACCGGAUCAUUCCGAUGGGGCCGAGGUUGCCCGAUGCCCUAGAUGUACGACCUAAUGUCCAAAACUCUGCUCGCCGACUGGAGGUACUGCGCAUCUGUGUGUCGUACAUCUUCGAGAACCGCAUUACAGAUGCCAGGAAACUGCUGCCGGCUGUGUUGCGCACCCUAAUGCACAGGGAUGCUAGGUUGAUUCUCUGCCGCGAGUUUUUCGGGUAUGUGCAUGGUAACAAGGCGGUGCUGGACCAUCAGCAGUUCGAGUUGGUUGUGCGAUUCAUGAACAAGGCGUUGCGUAAAUCCUCUGGAGUCGAUGAGUACACAGUGGCUGCGGCUCUACUGCCCAUGUCCACAAUAUUUUGCCGCAAGCUGUCCACUGGAGUGGUGCAGUUCGCCUACACAGAGAUUCAGGAUCACCCCAUAUGGAAGAACCUGCAGUUUUGGGAGUCCACAUUCUUCCAAGAUGUCCAGGGUCAGAUUAAGGCUCUGUAUCUCCUACACCGUCGUCAGAACGAGCAUCAAAAGGAGGCCAACUGUGUGCUGGACGAGGUUCCGCUAGAGGAACCCACGGCGCUUGAGAUUACAGCUGAACAGCUUCGAAAAAGUCCCACCAUUGAAGAGGAGAAGAAGACCGAGUUAGCCAAAUCGGAGGAGUCUACGUUGUACAGCCAGGCGAUUCACUUUGCCAACCGUAUGGUCUCCCUGCUGAUUCCGCUUGACGUAAAUGUGGAUGCCGCCAGUAAGCCGAAGCCUGCAUUUCGUCUGGAGGAAAAUCAGAGUGUUUCCAAUAGUAUUAUGGGCUCACACAGCCUGAGUGAACAUUCCGACGAAGGAUUCGAGGAGAACAAUGCACUGAAAAUUGGCGUCAUGGUUGAAAAAACAAUUUCCCGCUUCAUUGAUUGCGUUUGUAUCGAGGGUGGAGUUACCUCCGAACACAUACGCAACCUGCACGACAUGGUGCCUGGUGUGGUGCACAUGCACAUAGAAUCCCUGGAACCGGUUUAUCUGGAAGCCAAGCGUCAUCCACAUGUACAGAAGCCUAAGAUUCAGACACCAUGUCUUCUACCAGGGGAGGAUCUUGUCACCGACCACCUGCGCUGUUUCCUCAUGCCGGAUGGACGCGAAGACGAAACACAGUGCCUGAUACCCGCCGAGGGAGCUCUGUUUCUCACCAACUACCGUGUUGUAUUCAAGGGAUCACCGUGCGAUCCACUCUUCUGCGAGCAGGUCAUCGUGCGCACCUUUCCGAUUGCCUCUAUGCUGAAGGAGAAGAAGAUAUCGGUGCUGUACCUGGCCCAUCUGGAUCAAACGCUGACAGAGGGACUACAGCUGCGCUCAAGCAGCUUCCAAUUGAUCAAGGUCGCCUUCGACCCGGAAGUUACCCCUGAGCAGAUCGAAAGCUUCAGAAAGAUAUUAAGUAAGGCUCGCCAUCCAUUCGAUGAGUUUGAUUACUUCGCAUUUCAAUCGUACGGCACAAUGCUCCAGGGCGUGGUACCGCUGAAAACGAAGGAAAAAUACUCCACGCUGAAAGGCUUUGCCAAAAAGACGCUGCUCCGCGGGGCAAAGAAGGCAGGAUUUAAGCAAAAGCAGACGACCAAACGCAAAUUGGUUCCUGACUACGAUUACGGGAGUGGAGCAGAUGCCCAGGAGACGCAGUCCAUCGAUGAUGAGCUGGAGGAUUUGGACGAGUUUGAAACUCAAAACAAUACCAUGCCCAGAUUGCUAACGACUAAAGAUGUCGAACGAAUGCGGGAGAGGAGCUAUGUACAGGACUGGAAGCGACUCGGUUUCGAUGCAGAGUCUCAGCGUGGAUUCCGCAUUAGCAAUGUUAACACCAGCUAUGCGACCUGUCGCUCCUAUCCGGCGAUAAUUGUGGCCCCCGUGCAGUGCAGCGACGCGGCGAUAAUGCAUCUGGGUCGGUGUUUCAAGGGCCAGCGUAUACCAUUGCCCACGUGGCGGCAUGCGAAUGGCGCCCUGCUCAUCCGGGGUGGCCAGCCCAACAGCAAAUCAGUAAUCGGAAUGCUGAAGAACACCACUGGAAGCAAUACGAACGCCCAUCACGAUGUCACACAUUAUCCCGAGCAGGAUAAAUACUUCCUAGCCCUGAUCAACACGAUGCCAAAGCUAACGCCAUUGGCUAUCAAUCAGUACUCGGGCAUGAAUCUCUCGAUGAGCUCGUUGAUGACCCAUGGCUCCUCCGACGAUCGACAGCCGCUUACGCCGGAACUGUCGCGUAAGCACAAAAACAAUCUAGAUGUGAGUGAUGGCAGCAAGUCCAGUCAAGGAGGCAAGGGCGGAACAAUGAAGGGCAAUCCCAAGAACUCAUCGGCACAUGCCUUCCGCAAGAUGCGGCUUUACGCAUUGGGCGAAAAAUCUCAGGCCAAGUCGAACAUGAAUGUGGACUUUUGCGCGGACUUCAUUGCCGUGGACUAUCCGGACAUCAGGCAAUCGAGGCCCGCCUUUAAGAAGCUGAUUCGCGCAUGCAUGCCAUCGCACAACACUAACGAGGCGGAUGGCCAGAGCUUCGCAAAGAUGGUGGAGCAGUCAGAUUGGCUGCAGCAGAUCUCUUCGCUAAUGCAGUUGUCCGGGGCGGUGGUGGAUCUUAUUGAUCUGCAGGAGAGCAGUGUUAUGUUGUCCCUGGAGGAUGGCUCCGAUGUGACCGCCCAGCUUAGUUCAAUAGCACAGCUGUGCUUGGACCCCUACUACCGAACCCUGGACGGUUUUCGUGUGCUGAUAGAGAAAGAGUGGUUGGCCUUUGGCCAUCGAUUUGCGCAUCGCAGUAAUCUGAAGCCCUCGCAUGCGAACACAAAUAUUGCGUUUGCCCCUACUUUCCUGCAAUUUCUGGAUGUGGUUCACCAGCUGCUGCGCCAAUUUCCAAUGGCUUUCGAAUUUAAUGAUUUUUAUUUGAGAUUCCUGGCAUACCAUUCUGUGUCCUGCCGCUUUCGGACCUUCCUUUUUGAUUGCGAACUUGAGCGCUCGGAUUCUGGCAUCGCUGCGAUGGAGGACAAGCGGGGAUCUCUCAAUGCCAAGCAUAUUUUUUCAGCUGGUGGCAUGCAAACCAACGGCUCCGACGAUGAGUGCAAUGUAUAUCCGCUAGAUAUCAGGAGCCAAAGGACACCAGCGCCUCUGAAUCGCAUUGGUCACUCCAUCUUCGAUUAUAUCGAAAGACAGCACAACAAGACGCCUAUAUUCUAUAAUUUCCUGUAUUCGGGUGACAAGGGCAUAACUCUGCGCCCGCAGAAUAAUGUUGCCGCCUUGGAUCUAUGGAGCUACUAUACCAACGAAGAGCUAGCCCAAGGAGCGCCUUACGAUCUGGAGGUGACCACCGUGGAUGACGAAAUCGAUCUAUCCGAGAUGAAGGGCAAACGGAUGGUCAUUACCGCCGGCUAUGACAACAUGGAGAAGUGCAAUCCCAAUGCUUACGUCUGCCUGCUCAGCGAGGUAAAGCAAGCGGAGACGGAGCGAGGUCAUCUUCCCCAAAAAUGGCUGCAGGUGUGGAACAGCCUGGAGGUGCCUCAACUGGAGCCAGCUGCUCGCAACGCAUCGUUGGGAAACAUCUUCGUGCAGACGCAUCAGCACAAACGUUCCACGCUAGAGAUUAUCAUGAAAGGCCGGCUGGCGGGAUACCAGGACAAGUACUUCCAUCCGCAUCGAUUUGAGAAGCAUCCCUACACCACGCCCACCAAUUGCAACCACUGCACCAAGCUGCUCUGGGGGCCAGUUGGCUACCGGUGCAUGGACUGCGGAAACUCCUAUCACGAGAAGUGCACGGAGCACUCCAUGAAGAAUUGCACAAAAUACAAGGCCAUCGAUGGAGCAGUGGGGCCGCCGAAUGUGAACAUGUCGCAGGGCGACACGGCCAGCAUCGCUUCCAGUGCCGCCACGACGGCGCGCACCUCCAGCCAUCACUUCUACAACCAGUUUAGCAGUAACGUUGCCGAAAAUCGCACGCACGAGGGACAUUUGUACAAACGUGGCGCCUUGCUCAAAGGAUGGAAACAGCGCUGGUUCGUCCUGGACUCGAUUAAGCAUCAGCUUCGUUACUAUGACACAUCAGAGGAUACCGCUCCCAAGGGCAUCAUUGAACUGGCUGAGGUACAAUCAGUAGCUGCCGCACAACCUGCACAAAUUGGCGCAAAAGGCGUAGAUGACAAGGGAUUUUUUGAUCUUAAAACAUCAAAGCGCACCUAUAAUUUCUACGCGAUCAAUGCAAUACUGGCACAAGAAUGGAUUGAAAAGUUGCAGGCUUGUUUGCAAUAGAAAAUUUGGCGAAAAUCUUUCUUCUUCAACAGCUGAACUUCGUUAUCUUUCCUUUUCAUUCUUUUCUGUACGCCUAUCAGAAGUUGUGUUUUAGGAUAAAUCAGUAUAUUUCCAGUUCUACGUAUUAAUAUUUUCAAUCUGUGGCUCUGCCAUCAUAUCAUAGCUAAACUAUCACCUUAGAAUUUCCUUAGUUGAUUUGAGAAAUCGCACGCACCCAUAAACAUAAAUGUUAGCAACAAUUAUGCCAAGCAACAAGCGAAACGUUAGUUAAAGAAUGAAAUCCAUCUGUAAAUGUGAAUGUAAAGAAACUAUAAAAUUUUGUGAUUAUAUAAACAAACAAAAAUCAGACUAUAUGAUAAAUUAACGAUGAAAUGGAAAAAAGCCACGCCCGCAAGUUUUUGAUAUAAUUUUUUAUAUAUAUUAUAUAUAUAAUUCUUCAGCCUAAACCACAUAGGCUUAUAGCGAAUUUACCAAAGAUUAUUCCACCUUUGUUGCGCAAUUCAAAUGCAUUUCUUGAUUGCUUCCUUUAAACUAAACCAUAAUAUUAAACGCUUUCCUUUAUUUAUACACUACAUGAUAAUCAAUACAAUACAUA